AUGAUGUCCAUGCAGCGCUCCCUUUCUUCGCCAGUCCGCGCUCAAUCUACGCCUCCUCCCGAGCUCGCUACGCCACAAACAAACGCCUACCCGCCCGCGACAGAUCCUUCGACCAAGCAGCAUCGACCCGCACGCCGCCGCUCACCCAGUCCCAGGCGCACUUCCAGCUCGCGAACCCUUGAUUCCAGGCCUUCCCGCAGGAACGACGAUGCUUUGCGUCCUGCUUGUCUCCAGGACGGCCCUCAGGCCGCAAAGCCCUUGCUGACCGACACCACCGCUUCUGCACCGCCUCCAGCCGCCACUUAUACACCCAAGGAGCUGCCCAUGAGGUCCCAUACCAUCCACGGAGACAAGUUGGCUGCCCGGAUGCCAAGGCCCCUCAUUGAAAAUGUCGCCCUCUACACAAACCACAACUUUCCUGUCCCAAGGGAGACCACCACCCUCCAGGAACUAGCCCAUUUGGCCCGUCUGUCAAGGUACCAAGCCCGCAAGAGGAAUAUUACCCGUGUUCGCCUGGAGAGGACCCUUGUCAGCACAGCUCUCGGCGCCCGCCUGACGCGCUGUGGUGACAUUGCCCAUCGCAACUUGGUCGACAGCUUCCGCAAGGACGAAAAGGACAACUUUGCCGCCCUUUACAAUGCCAUUCAGGAUGUCAGAAAGAGCUGUGACGAACUCAGGAGAUUUGCCCUGCUUGAACCUGACCUGGAAUCCCAGUCGUCUCCUAUCCUUGGCUCCUCGGAAACUGUCGACACAAUCUCAACCCUCCCCAACGGCGAACUACCCUCACACCCCGCCGCCACCUUCCUGGACGACAUUUCUGCUUCCGCUAGACACUCUUUCCUGGACUUGCUUUUCGAGAUUCGAAAUAACCCGGAUUAUCUUCCCACUAGGAUAUCUGCCCUCUCCAGUUCGGAGCUCAACGUCUUCCUCAACCCACACCGUGGCCUGGAACCCGUGGAAUCCCUUUUGUCCUCCAACAACCGCUCCUCUGCUCGGGUCCACCCAAACCAGCACCGCCACGUCGCAGGCGACGUUGAACGCUUCAUGUCUUUCCAGCGCCACGACCCCCUUUCCAUUCUCAUCCACACUUGCUUUGCUAACUCGGCAGGUCCCGACAGCACAGAGGACCGCAAACGCCUGGACAUCUGGGCAUCCGUCCUGGCCCGCCUCAUCUCCGAGCCCAAGUCCUCAAGUGAGCACUUUCUCAUAUGUGUACUCAAUUGCUGGACCAUGAUGCGCGAAUGGUCCGGAAAAUCCAAUAUGGAAUGGUACCUCAUGAAGAUCCUGUCCGACGGCGCCUUUCUCCUCGAGAGGGCCGAGGACCAGCAUGGAACCCGCUUCAACCUUUCGGACUGGACCCAGGCCGACGAUAUUGCUUCCCGUCAGUUUUACGAGAAUGCCGUGAACCAGCUUUUUGAGAUUGUGGAUGACCCGGACAAGACUGGAAUUCCGGACGGCCUGCUUGAACUUGGCAACGCUGUCCUCAAGAAACUGGACAGUAAGUAUCUCGACAAUACCGCGAAAUGGCUUGUCUGGAGAUGUCUCUUCUUUGUAUUCUUUCUCGGAGUCAUUGUCCACCCAGAAUCUCACGGAAUGCUCACCGAGCACCACAUUACCCCCUAUGCCAGGGAAAAGAUUCUGAAAAAGGUUGCCAUGAAGGCUCAUGAAUAUGUCUCGGGACUCUGGAGCGGCAGCAAGUCUGCCGCUUCCAAAUCAGCAGAGAUCCCCCACCAUAUCCGCGUCCACAUUGAGAGCAUGCUCGCCAGAUUUCAAAACUCAGACUACAAACCGCCUGCGUCUCGACUUCUGCCUGCCAAGUCGAUAACAUCACUUCGCGAAACAGCAGAAGUCCAUCCCUAUCUGGUCCUCUGCCCGGCUGAUCUGUCCUGCCUGGUGAAUGCACUUUAUCCGGAACGCCGUCCACUCUCCUCAGCAUCUAGCACUUUCAAAUCCGGCACCGCCUCUAUUUCAGCUUUGUCCUCUGCAUCCCAGCCCGUGGCAUUCUUCAACCCCAGAAACAGCUUUGAAACUGCAUCGGUAAUUAGCACUAGCGUGUCCUCGGUUUUUAGCGAGGCUGCCUCUCGCGAUGACCAUGCUGAUGGCUCCGCAAAGACUACUUCAGUUCGAGACUCUCCUACGAUUACGGAGCCGGAUUUACAGCGCAAGCUCAACAAAUACGAGGACGACGGCUAUCCGCUUCGCCUUGCCCUCCACGAACUAACCAGAAAUCUCGGCUCAGAUAUUGUUCGUGGGACUAGUCACCCUUGUGCAGAACGCUGGGCCGUGCUUUUCGUGUCGUCCGAUGGCAAGAAUUUGACGACUACUCUCGACUGCGAUGCAGAUGAUGAUCCAGACGAGCGCAUUUCUUCAAGCAGCGAAUACGAGAACGAGAAUGUACCAACCUCGGAGCUUGACAAGGGCUACUACCAGCUGCGCGAUGCCGUUCUUAAGUUGGUUGAAGAAUAUGAGAUACCUCGAGACUUGGAAGCCGAGGCCAGUGACAUUGAGAUUUCCAAUCGUCCAUCCAGGCUAAAAAAGUCGAGCCCAAGACGCAUCACCAGACGAGAUAAGCCUGCGCCAGAGCCCACUGGCGGUGUUUCACUACGUCGCUCUCAUUCGCCUCGUCCGGCGCCUCGGCCGAGUACCAGCUCAACAACGGAGCCUGAAAAAGAAGCACCGCUGAUCACCAUGCUCAAAGCAGCUUGGUCCCAGUCCAAAGCGCAGGCUGACUUUGUGUCGUCGCACAUGUACUGGAAGACACUGAAUCAGCUUCGUGGCCUCAACUCGGAGUCUCUGCGGCGCAACGGAUACGCGGCGCUCAUCACCAUUUUUUCCCGCGAGCCGCGAGACUACAUCAACAAGUCAGCCCUCGCCAUAGAAGAGUACGAGGCGUGGCUUGUCUGGCUGAAGCAAAGCCAGGAUCGUCUCGAAGGUCAGAUUGAUCUCAUGAUGCGGCGGACGAGAGCGAUUCGUGAUAAGAUGUGGUAUAUUGCCGACGUUCGCAACUCCAAGGAAUACGAACACAGUCGCGACAUUUGUCAGGCGCUGAGGGCUAUGGGCACUACUAAUCGCUGGCGCUCACCGACAUUGCGAUCAGGCAAGAGUAGCGCAUAUAUCAACAGGGCCGAGUCGCAAGUGUUGGACAUCAUUGCAGCCUCCCCGGAUCAGGGUGGGCCGAACAAGCUCAGCGACGAGCAAGCAGAUAUGACGUCUGCUUGGAUCAAGCAAUAUGGCAUUGAGAACUUUUGCCAGGGUGAAGAAAGAAUACACCGCUUCUGCUGCGAGGUAGAACGGUGCGUGACAAAAUUGAUUGGAGAAACUAUUCGAGAAGCCCCUGUGCUGUGGUCGAGCGAGCUCUACAAACGGGACAAGGCAAUGUAUGAUCGGAUGAAGAUGCGAGAGAGAGACCAUGGCUGGACAAGCGACGACACCAGCAGCAUCAUGAGCGAAAACGAGCGUCGGCAAACCUUUUCUACGCUGCGACCGUCAGCUUUUGGAAGGGAUCUGAGGACCUUGAGUUCCCAAAAUACAUCCAUGGAAUCGAUGCGACAUGGGUUUACCAGACAUGCUGCGUCCCUAUCCGAGGUGCUUGAUGGCCAUGAUAGCUUUGACAGAUACUCGCCUAUAAACAUGACAGAUUCAGUUGGCACUUUUUGGUCGCCAUUUCAACCUCCGAGAUCCCCUGCCUCGGGUCGCGCCUAUUCCCCCACCACUAGCCUGACCAAUCUCUCGGCCACUUUCACAGGCUCGCCACACCACGCAGCGUUGGCGUCCCACAGCAGCGUUUCCACCGGUCGGCCGGCCACGGCAACAUCGUCCAACGAGACUGUGUACCAGCAUAUUGCUGACGGCGACCGGGCAAGGUUCCUAUCGGAUCUCAGGCAGUCCUUGACAAGUCUGCUGCUGUCCGAUCUGGGAAGUCAACUCUUGUCGAAAGGAUCUGAAACGGACUUGUGGAUGGCGCAGCUUGGGCAAGAAUGUAUUGAUCGCAAGGAAGCACUUGAGCAGCAUGCUCGGCGAAAAGAUGCGCUCAAGGAUAAGCCAAGCCGAAGUUCGGCAAAGCCUAGGGUAAUUGAGAAAAAGAAGAGCUUUGGCAACCUUCGUGGUGCUGGGGAGUGUGCCCUGGAGCGGAUGGACAGUGUUGAUACGGCGUCUAGUCCAAGUGCGUCUGGCUAUGGUACUCAGACAGAAGACAGUCAACCUGGGAAAGUCAAGGACAAUGACCCGGAAUUCCCAUUCAAAAAUGCCUAUCGCCGCCUUUUGACCAUGUUCUCGGUUCAUCCGAAUCCCUACGCCAAGCUGCAUGCUUUAAAAGAACUGGAGCAUCUGUUAAUGGCGUCCUUGCCAGCAUCACCGCGCAAAAAGCCAAGAUGGAGACAGGAGAUAGCAAUUACCCAGGAAAAUAGAGAUGUGGCGCCUCGACGAACUGCGCUUGAUGGGGCCAUCGAGUCUGUUCAAGAGAAGCGAAAGCAGCACACGGGCAAUUAUAGCCUCUAUGCGGCAAAGGGCGGGUCCCGUGGGUCGUCAGGGACAGACGCCGUAAUAACGGAGCUGCUGAAGCUGUUCAAGGAUCCUUCAAUGCGGCCGAAGCAGCUGUACCGCGACCUGCAACUUAUCUCAUCUUUUGUCUCGCCGACGGUGCUGGAUCGACCAGACAGAAGCAAGGCGUUUUGGGAUGUAGGCUUGGCCGCGUUGAAGCUCAAGUCGGAGGUGUGCCGCACCAUGGUUGAGAUGGCGGACGAGGUAUUUGCGGCGCAUACGCAGACGCGGGGUUCUGCUUUCGAACCGGGGUCUGGAGGUGUUUCUGUGCAAUCGAGCACAGGCACCCCGCCACCACCUUCGUCAUCGUACCAACUCAAGGACGUGGGAAAGAUGUGGGCAAUUACGGCUCGAGAGGGCUAUCCGACGGCGCAACGCGAGCUGGCACUGUUUUACCUGUCGAACCCCGAGUUCGUGGCGCGCAUCACACUACCGCUUUCAAGGCCGCGAGAAGUCUUUAAGCAGGUGGUCAUGGACAAGUACAAGCGCAACGACAAGCGAAGCAGCGGUGUUGGAGUACAAGGCGCCACUGCAAUGCUAGGUACUGGACCUCAGGCAACGGCAAAGGAUAGCGAUGUGAGAAACGAUCCAGGGCUCAUAGUGCUGCGGCUGCGUGAUGCUGCCUGCUCCAUCUGUGGAACCGAGUUUGUGCGGGAGCAGUUGGAAACGGCAGAGAUUGUGCGAUUUGUGCCACAAAGUGUCAUUGGUCUAGACCACGGCCACUUGGCCGACCAGCCAGUGGACGACGACGACGACGAUGAUGAUGACGAGGAAGAGGGCGCGGACGAGGAUGAGGAAGAUGGCGCAGAUGACACAAGCAUACAUGGUGAAAUGGACAGCGAUAUAUGA